AUGAGCUGCACGGGCCCUCUUCUCAAGGGGCUGCUCCUCGUGCUGCCAUUGCUGGUGAGGGGCCACACCAGGGAGGCUGGGACCAGACCAGUGGGCGCAACACGACCGGGGGACUUCAUCAUCGGUGGGGUGUUUCCCAUCCACCAGGACGUGCAGAGAGACAGCGCCUUCUUUCCACCCCAAAUGCAGAAAUGUGUCAGCUUCGACAAGGGCGGCUUCACGACGGCCAUCGCUAUGAUCAACGCCAUCAACACUAUGAACAGGUCACCGGCCCUGAAGGAGGUCGGCGUCACCCUGGGAUACCGCAUCUACGACUCCUGCUCCGACGUGAGCAUGGCCCUCAGGGUCACGGCCGACUUCACCGGUAAGGGGGAUUGCAGCAGCAGCAGCAGCGAGGGAACCAACGCCACCUCUCCUCAACCCCCGCCCGUCCUGGCCGUUGUUGGGGCGCAGCACUCAGAGAUGUCCAUCGCCAUCGCCAGGCAGCUCACACUCAAGUCCAUACCUCAGAUCAGCUACGCAUCGACUGCGGCCAUCCUGAGUGACAAGGCCCGCUUCCCCGGCUUCAUGAGGACCGUCCCAAAUGACAAGUACCAGACGGCCGCCAUGGUGCAGCUGCUGAGCGACAACAAGUGGACCUGGGUGGGCAUCCUCACCACGGACGGGGACUACGGCCGCUCCGUCAAGGACAGCUUCGUGUCCCAGGCCUCGGAGGUGGGCGUCUGCGUGUCCUUCAGAGAGACCUUCCCCGAGUCCCUGUCCAACCCGCAGCUCUUUCUCUCGGUCCGCGCCGCGGCCAGAGCCAUCCUCAGCAGCCACAGGGUGAAGGUGAUCGUGUCGUUCGUGAAGCCCAUCCACAUGAUGCACCUGACCCAGGAGCUGCGGAGGCAGACGCUGCAGGACGGCCAGCCUUUGGAGGCCAUGAGGAGGAUAUGGCUGGCGAGCGACAUCUGGGCCACCACCAGCUCUCUGAGCAAACACAUGAAGCUGGAGGAGGUGGGCCACGUGGUGGGCUUCACCUUCAAACGUGGGGACAUGGAGUCCUUCAACCGCUACCUGAGCAAGCUGCUGAGCACUGGGCACCACAGCCCAGUGACCAACCCUUUCCUGGAUGAGUUCUAUGCAGAGCUGAACACCAGCCAAGGCGCCAUGGAUGCUAUUACGUUAGCUCACGCUGAGGAGAGCCUCCAGGAGCACAUAGACUAUGAUAAAGUGUUUGGGGUUGAAAUGGCCGUGGGUGCAAUCACUCACGCUGUCGCCUCCAUCUGUCGAUUGAGGGACUGUAAAGAAAAUGGCACAGUGCGACCAUGGGAGGUCCUAAAAGCUUUGCGAAACCAGUGGUUCCCGAUCAGGGACAAGAACUACAGCUUUGACAAAAAAGGAGAUAUCAACCUGGACUACGACAUCACUCUGUGGAGGACUGAAAAUGGAAGCAUCUACAUCCACGACAUUGUGGCUGAGUACAGCACUCUCAACCACAGCUUUGUUUACGUCAGUCACCUUGCUAGGAAACAGCUAACGGACCUAAGUAGAAUUGUGUCAAAAUGCUCAGAUACGUGCCAGCCUGGACAGUCCAAGAAAGUAGCAUUGGGUCAACACACCUGUUGUUACGAGUGCAUCAACUGCACAGAGAACUACUUUUCUAACGACACAGAUUCAGUGAAAUGCGUGCGCUGCGGCAGCAACAUGGAGUGGAGUCCGGAGGGCAGCUCGCGCUGCCUCCGCAAAACCCUCAACUUCUUCUCCUGGAGGGACGGCUUCGCUGUGGUGCUGCUGGUGCUGUCGGCCGUCGGCAUCCUGCUGGUCCUGCUGAUCGCCGCUCUGUUCCUGCACCAGCGCCACACCCCCGUGGUUAGGGCCGGCGGGGGGCCCUUGUGCCAGGUCAUCCUCCUCUCCCUGGUGGGCAGCUUCACCAGCGCCACCAUGUUCGUGGGACCGCCCAGCGUCCGGCUGUGCGAGGCCCGUCAGGUGCUGUUUGGCGUCAGCUUCACGCUGUGCGUCUCCUGCAUCCUGGUGAAGUCCCUGAAGAUCCUGCUGGCGUUCCAGGUCAACCCGCGGCUGCAGCGGGCCCUGCGGCAGCUCUACCGGCCAUACGUCAUCGUUGCCGUCUGCGUGGCUCUGCAGGUAGGCGCGUGCACCUGCUGGCUGGUGCUGUGGAGCCCGUUCUACCACGUGGUCAUGUACCCCACCACCAUGCUGGCCGAGUGCCACGAGGGCUCUUACGUGCUCUUCGGGGUCAUGCUGGGAUACAUCGCGGUGCUGGCACUCGUCUGCUUCGCCUGUGCCUACAAAGGCCGCAAGCUGCCUCAGAAGUACAACGAAGCCAAGUUCAUCACGUUCAGCAUGCUGCUCUACCUCAUCUCCUGGCUGAUCUUCGUGCCCGUCUACGUCACCACCUCGGGGAUCUACGUGCCGGCCGUGGAGAUGGUGGUCAUCCUGAUCUCCAAUUACGGCGUCCUCAGCUGCCACUUUUUCCCCAAGUGCUAUGUGAUUCUCUUCAAGAGGGACCAGAACACGGCCACGGCCUUCAAGAAGAACGUCUACGAGUACUCAAGGAGAAACCUGGACUCCGUGUCCGUCUCGGACACGACCCUGCCCGGGGAGAGGUUUGCGGGGCCGUACAUCAUAAGCGUCCCGUCUCUCUUCCGGAAGUCAACGGGAAGCAGCAGGGCUACGAAGGCCUCCAUCAGCAGCAACAGCGUCAGCAUCAACUCUGAUGUAGCAGUGAGACAGCGUCACAGGAGACGGACGAGCAUAUGAGGUCAUAGCAAUAGCGAUAUUGUUGUACAUAAAUGUAUAUAUCUUCAACUCAACCACAGACCUUUACGUUUGGUCAGACCAACAUUCAGACCAAAGGAUUGCCGGUGAGCAUGUUUAGGAAAUGUCUGCCUCACCUCAUAAUAUAUUCCAUUAGAUAUUAUGGUAAUGUAUCUUUAGUUGCAUUGUAAUGCAGCUCUACAUAUACAACAUGUAAUAUCUAUAGCUGCAUUGCUGUGGAUUGCAAUGCAUAUUGUAAACAUAUUGAUUAUGACUGAAUGAACAACAGCCAUCUGAUUGUGAUGAACAGUGAAAUCCAUAGUAUAUCCCGUCAAUUUAAUUUUUUUACUUUGAUUCAUAACUCAGGAUAAUUUGUAAUGGACAAUUGUAUAAAA